ACAAAUCUUUGCUUACCACUGGGAAGCCUGGGAUGAUAAUGAAAACCUAGGAUAAAGAUUCCUGAGACAUUAGGAGGCAGCAUUUGGCAGGUAAACAGAGACAUGAGCCAAUCAUCAGUGACUCUUGUCAGCACCUUGCAGGUGAAAGGAGAAGCUUUAUCUGAGGAAGAAAUAUGGUCCCUCUUGUUUCUGGCCACUGAACAGAUUCUUGAGGAUCUGAACAAGGGUUCUUCUAGUUAUGUAGUAUGCCCUUGGUCAACUCUGCUGCAUGCUGCAGGAAGUCUUUCUUUCCAGGACAAUCUUUCCUUUAUAGAAGCCAUCCCCUUCAAGGCCCCAGAAACACUUCAAGGACAGGGUCAAAAUCCAAAACUUGAAAUGUCAAAGGUGCAUGUUUAUUCCUUAGGAAUGACUCUGUACUGGUCAGCAGAAUUUCGUGUUCCUCCAAACCAGCCUCUUCAACUGAGUGAGCCAUUGCUUUCCAUUUUGCUAAUGAUGUGUGAAGAUCUGCCUCAGAAACGUGCUUCCAUUCCAUUCAUAUUAGAGGCUUGCUGUGUCCAUCAGAAAGAAGUGGCUGUAUCUCUGAUGCACCUUCACAUAAAGAGAUUGGUUAGCCUUGUUCUGGGAAGCAUUGAGGAGAUGGAGCAGAUUGUUGUUGAAGAAAGCAAAUUUGUGCAACAGAAUAGAAGUUACAUGAUAAGGAGAAGACUACACCAGAAACAAAGUGAACUCUCGCUGUUGUCUACCCAGAAGAUCCUGGAUCCAGAGAGAAAUACACAACGACUGACUUCAUGGGGAUCCCAACCGAGUGCUUCAGCACACGACUCGAAAUUCUUCUUUAGACGAUCAGCCAGUAUGAUUAUGGAUGAGGAUCCCCAGGGAAUUCAGCAAGAUAACAGGCUCAGUUUAGGAUCUGCCUUCUCUGUGGCACCUAAAAGAUUGUCUUCAAGGGUCUCUUCCCAGAGAUGCUUGCUACAAAAGAAAGAAAGGUUCUCAAGACCAGAAUUUAUCCAAUUGACUGGGGAGGCCCCAGUGACAUUACAACUGCCUGGAUCCAUUGUGACAAAAAAGGGGAAAUCAUAUUUGUCUCAAAGAGAACUCUAUGUGGUUCUGCUGAAUGGGCAGUGUUUAGAAGUGAAAUGUGACAUCAAGUCCAAGGCACGAGAUGUUUUUAAUUUAGUUAGGACCUAUGCCAACCUAGUUGAACACUUCUACUUUGGUUUAGCUUUCCAGAAAGGUAAAGAGUUCUUUUUCUUGGACGAUGAAACCAAGUUAUACGAAGUGGCACCAGAAGGCUGGAAUGACAGAUGCAAGAAGAAAACCACCAUUGUUAACUUCACACUCUUUUUGAGGAUAAAAUUCUUUGUCAGCCACUUUCAGCUUAUCCAGCACAGUUUUACAAGACAUCAAUUUUAUCUCCAGCUCCGGAAAGACAUUCUGGAGGAACGUAUAUACUGCAACGAUGAGAUGUUAUUACAGCUUGGUGCAUUAGCCUUACAAGUGGAAUUUGGGAACUAUUGUCCAGAGGCAUGGGCACAGGGGAAACAUUAUUUUUUGGUUGAAGACUAUAUUCCAGCAAGCAUGAUUGAGAGAAUGACAGCAUCCUGUGUGCAACUGGAGAUCUCAAAAAUGCACCGUUGUCAUGGUCCCCUAUCUGGAGAAGAAGUUGAACUGGAAUUCUUAAAGCUGACCCAGAAGCUUCCAGAAUAUGGUGUGUUCUUCUAUCGAGUCUUCCAAGAGAAGAAAAUGCCAGAAGCAGAGAUGACCUUGGGGAUUUGUGCCAAAGGCAUAAUUGUUUAUGAAGUAAAAAACAAUUGUAGAAUUGCAAGUUUACGUUUCCAGUGGAGAGAAAUGGGAAAAAUUUCCACCCAGAGAAAGAAAUUCACCAUUGAAAGCACCAUCAGUGGUAAGAAACACACUUUCAUUACUGACACUGCCAAGACAUGUAAAUAUUUGCUGGACCUCUGCUCUGACCAGCACAGAUUUAAUGCGCAGAUGAGCUCUGGGCAGUUUUCCCAAGUUUUAUCAGAAGAUAAUCAGUUCAUGCAAAUGGCCAAAUUCGAUUCUGCAAAUGUGCCCCAGAGGGAGUAUCUCCCCCUUAUUCAGAAAUUGUCUUGCUCAGAAAAUAUGGUGCUUGGAUCAGAUCUGGAAAGUACAUCUGGAAGGCUGCUAGGCAAAUCAUGUGAUAGUUUCAAUGUGGAAACUGGUCAUAGUGUUGGAGAUGAAGGCAACCAAGACAGUCCUUCUUUUGGAUGGUCACAGUCAGAGACAUGCUCUUACAUAACUGAAAACCAAAGGAUAGGCCUGCCAGCUCAGCUGCCUCAGAAUAUUGUCACUGGGUCACAAAAUCCUCAAAGAGAAAAUUUUCUAACUGGACUAGAGCGAGAAAUAAUUUGUGUGACUCUAAAAAGAGACCCACAGCACGGUUUUGGGUUUGUCAUUAUUGGAAGUGAAAAUGUGGGCAAAUUGGACCUUGGAAUCUUUAUUGCUUCCAUUAUACCUGGAGGACCUGCUGAGAGAGUUAAAAAGAUCAAGCCAGGGGGGAGAAUAAUCUCCUUGAAUAACAUCAGUUUGGAGGGUGUCACAUUUAAUAUGGCUGUUAAAAUCAUUCAGAAUUCUCCUGACAAGGUGGACCUGAUUGUUUCUCAACCCAAAGAUGUCUGUGAGGCAGCGCCCACAGAGGGAAUGAACCGUCAGAGAACACACGAUCCUGCCAGGUCUGAGGUCUCUCCGGAAGCCAGUGGGAGAAACAGCCUUCAAAGGAGCUGUUCAUCAAACAGCAAAGAGCAAAACAUAAAUAUUGAUGAGCUGGAGGCGAUGCUUUCUUGGAGCUUAGUGCCCAACCUGGGCCAACCUCAGGUUUCAGCUCCAUCAGCUGACCGACUCCACUCAGAGGAUGUUGACUCCGCCUACCCUUCACCACCUGCAAAAAUCAACAACCGUGAAACGUAUUGGGUGGAAUUGGUUAAGGAAAACGGGACCUUUGGAAUCAGUGUGACUGGUGGCAUUAACACUACUGUCCGCUAUGGAGGCAUAUAUGUGAAAUCCAUUGUUCCUGGAGGACCAGCUGCUAAAGAAGGACAAAUUGAAAUUGGUGACCGCCUGCUGGAGGUGGAUGGAGUUCAUCUGUGCGGUAUCACCCACAAGCAGGCUGUUGAAUACCUCAAGAACUCCCAGCAGGUUGCAAGGCUGGUUUUAGAAAGGAGAGACCGGAGACCGGCAGAGCAGUGUCCAUCUGCUGAUGACAGAAAGAAAGAUGAAUGUGUUGCUGUUUCCUUAGCAACAACCUUGCCUGACAACCCCGAGAGCUGCGCCUUGGUGACAGAUGAUAACGCAUUUGAGGUUACUCUUAAGAAAAACUCCAGUGGUCUGGGAUUCAGCUUCCUCCAGAUGGCAAGGGAAAGCUCAGAUCACCUGAGAAGUUCUGCUGUGAGGAUUAAGAGACUGUUUCCAGGGCAGCCAGCUGAAGAGAAUGGGGAAAUUGCAGUUGGUGAUAUUAUCCUGGAAGUGAAUGCAAAAUCUACACAAGGCCUCUCUUACCAGGAAGUCCUUCACCUGCUGAGAGGUGCUCCUGAAAAGGUUACCUUGCGUCUCUGCAGACCGCUUAAAGGCACACUCCCCGAAAUGGACCAGGAUUUGCUGACACCGACACCCUCUCCAGACAAAGAAUUUGCCAGGGCUGAACACAUUACUCCAGAACACAGGAGCAACUUGAAUCCAAGUCAUAGUGAGAGGGACAGUUCCUCAAUGGAAUCAGAGGAAGAUGUGGAAUUUAAGACAGUAUUUUCCCAUGAGGCUGUUGAUGAGAAAGAGUAUGGCUCUGAUGAAGGUGAAUGUACUUGGGGUACAGUAUUAACUCACCCAGAGGUUUCCCACAAGUGUUCAUGGAGUCAUCAGCAAGAAACUGCUGUUCCAGAAUUGGUUUCCUCUUUAGAAGAAGAUGUAAGGCAAAAUUGCUACUCAGUUUGUGAUAUAAGGACACCGGAAAGCCCUGGAUUUGAAAGGAGGGACUAUGAUGAAUGUUACAAGUACUGUCUACCUGAGUUUCCUUCUCCCACUCCUGUUGAUGAAGAAUAUCUUACUGUAAGUACUACAUCUGCAACUCCACUUUCUUACGGAGUAUGGUUGGAAGCACCUUCAGGGACCACUCUUCAGCCACCAUUUUGCACAUCGGGACUUCACUCAGUAUCUUUGCCUAUUAAGGAGUCUGGCAAUAGCAAGGAUGAAUGGGAAGACCUGGAGGAGACUGUAGACACAGAGAAUGACCUGUCCAAGGGGAAUGGAGAGAAGGGGAUCUCCUGUGUCAACACCAAAGUACUCCUUCUACCUGAGGCUUCUUCUGAACUUACCAUGGUGGCUGAGCAUGUGGAAGACCUUUCAGUUUUCCUCAGACCAGAGGAUGUGCCUGAAAUAGCCCUUGUGAAAGAUAGUGAUGGACAGCUUGGGUUGAAGUUAGAAGGUGAUGUACAGGGCAUUUAUGUCCUGGAAAUUGUGCCAGGUUCACCAUGCAGCAGAGAAGGGAGCCUUCAGCCAAAGGAUCAAAUCCUGUCUAUCUGUGGAAUAUGGAUGGAGGGCAUUAGUCUGGAUGAAGCUUUGCAAGUGUGUGAAACAGCCGGUCACACAGUUCACAUCAGAGCAAUGAGAGUGGGCUACCCAGUGAUCCCCCGGAGACAAUACAUAGCAGAAGACUUAAGGAAACAAGAUUAUGCCCUGCCACCUAGCACAGCGCAUUCACCACCCACAGAGGGUUAUCUCAUUGAAGUUGACCUGGAAAAAAGAGGGACAGGGAGUUUGGGAUUUGCCCUAACAGGUGGCAGAAAUGGCCACUCAUUUCUCAUCAAAGCAGUUUCCCCUGGUAGCAUUGCCGACCUUGAUGGAAGACUUCAAGCUGGUGAUGUUUUACUGAAGGUGAAUGGCAAAUCAGUAUUGGGUCAACCACACAGAGCAGUUAUUGACCUUAUCCGUCAGUCUCAGGGCACUGUCAGGCUCACUGUCUGUCGAAGAACUGACGUGAAUUCAUCUCAUUCCGGCCAUGGAUACAACACGAUGUUUUCCCGAAGGAAAGACGCAACACUGCCUGGAAAGGCCCGUGCAGGAAGUGCCACUGUUACGAGAGGUCUGAAGGCCUGGGAGGCUCUGCCUUCUCCAAGUCAAGACAAGACAGCUAGCCCAAUGGGCAAGCAGGUCUUUGAAACUAAAGUUAACUCACGGAAGGUGGAAUUGUGUCUGCAGAGUUACUCUCUUAGGAAUGAUUAUGAGGAUCUCCUUGCAGAGAGUACAGCUAGGACUGCACCCAGUGUUGUUUGGAGGGGCUCAGCAAGCUAUAGCUCUGAAAACUGGAACAAUGAAGAUGCACAGCAUGCAGGAUCAUCCCGUGAUCUAACAGUUGGGAGCCCAGGUGUGAACAUUGUUUCUGAGGAAGAACUAGAUGAAGGAUCUGAGAUUAGGCCAAUUCUACACAGUUUUCAUUUGAUGGAGACCCUCAGACAUCUGAUUGAAAACUUUGAAAAGCGAAUAGAAAGAAAUGAAACUUUCGUGGAAUAUUUGUCUUUAGAAAACAUAAAGCCACUUGAUGACUGCAUUUUGGGAAAUGCUCCGCAAAACAAAGACAAAAACAGAUAUCGAGAUAUUGUUCCAUAUGAUGCUACACGGGUUCCACUUGGAGAAAGGCAAGAUUAUAUCAAUGCGAGUUAUAUCCGAAUAUUGAAUUCAGAGGAAGAAUACUUCUACAUUGCAACUCAAGGACCCCUUCCAGGAACCACAGAAGACUUUUGGCAAAUGGUUUGGGAAAAUAAGUCUAAUGUCAUUGCCAUGAUGACCAAAGAAAUGGAGGAUGGAAUCAUCAAAUGCCACCGUUAUUGGCCCAUUUCUCUGAAUAAGCCUUUGGAGCUUCAAAACUAUAUUAUUGCAUUGGAGAAUUUCCAGAUACUGGAAACGUUUACAAUUCGAGUGUUGAAAAUGGUUAAAAAGACAGGAUCUGUUCACUUUGUGCAUCAGAUACAAUUCAUUAACUGGCCAGACCAUGGCAUUCCCACAUCGUUUGAUGCUUUUGUGAAGUAUGUUCGCUACAUGAAGAAGAUCCAUGAGUCAGGACCCAUCAUCGCACACUGCAGUGCAGGCAUAGGGAGGACUGGGGUUCUCUUGUGUGUGGACGUUGUGCUUCGUUCCCUAGAAAAAGACUUUCAGUUCAAUAUCAAGAAUAUCGUGAGCCAAAUGAGAGAGCAACGUUUUGGGAUGAUUCAGACCAAGGAGCAGUAUCACUUUUGUUAUGAAAUCGUGCUUUAUGUUCUACGGAAAAUUUUAACCUCUACACUCAGUUCCAUCGAAUAAAAAUGGUUCUUCUUGCUUUGCAUCUGAAAGUGACCAAGAGGCUUGGUGUCUGUCUCCUCCUCCAUGGACAUUUGCUAGCCUACGGACACAAUAACGUAUUUUUGUUAGUGCGUAUUUAAGUACCUUGGUAUCUGAAGAGUCUGAAGGUAAUAUAAUACAGGUUGGGGAUGAAAUAAUGCUUAAAAAGAUACAUAUAGCCUCAUAGUGAUUGUUUUCAAUAUUAUCACAAUGCUACCCUUAUUUCAAUGGGACAAUCAUUACAGAAAGUGUGUAUUGGCUAUUGCAGUCAAGAGGAUGACAGGGAACAAUAAAGGGUCUACAAUAUUUUGGGUAAGAUUUUAUUCAGGAAGGGCAGCUAAAGGUCACUGGGUUUCCAAAGCUUUAUUAAAUACUUGUUUGGGGGAGAAUUUAAAGGCAAUGAAUUGCAGGAUAACAACAAUUAUCAUUUGUAGGUACUUCAAAGAGAAUCUUGCUUCUGUUGUUUGGCUAAAGAGUUGGUAUUUCUAGCUGGUUCUUUGAAUAACCCUAACCCAGUUUACAAAAGACCCAAUUAGAAUGGAUUUACUGUGUCUAAGCCAUGUGGACUCCAUUUCUAGUUUUCUUCUGCACCCCUCUGGUAGCUUGCUGAGGUUUCAUGGGAAACAAGGUAUCUUUGAAAUACUUGCAUAUAUGUGCAGAACUAGAGGACAUAGGGAAAAUGCAGAGUGUGGCCAGGAUUCUCCCCUUCUACAUAAGCACAUGGGAGUGAACAGUCCAAGAUGGAAAUGGAUAUUUCUAUGUUAGAGUCAAGAAAUAACUACUGCCCAACUUGAGUUCUUUCCCCUUCCACCCUCACACCUGGGGUAUUACUCAACCUGUUGUGUUGGUAUCGAACAGAAAUGUUUUGGCUGGUUAUUCCUUGCCCUGUAGCUGACCAAUAACUUUUGAUUUAAAAAUAUCAUUCCAUAAUUCUGAAUUAUCCACAAGAUCCCUUAAACUGUAGAUUUUCUUAAUCUGUCUGGGAUUUGUGAUUGUUCAUUUCUUUCUCUUUUUCUCCUCCUCUAAAAAAACUUAGGAGUUUUGAUUGGUUGUCUGAUUUUUAGGAAAAAAUGAAUUUAGAUUUCUGAAAAGAAAGACUUGGAAAUUUGCUUUUGAAGGAUGUAACUGCUAUUACAUUCAGCUUGGAUAGGAACUUGUGAAUCGAUAAAGAAUAACAGUGAUAUUAUGUAGGGGAGUUUCAGUUCUACACUGUACACUAUCAUCAAUUAAAAGGAAUUGAUAAAAUUCUGUACAUUCAAGUGAUAUUGAUUAGUAAUCAGGGUGACUUAUGCAACACACUGGGGAAAUGCCUGAAGUCACAGUUGUAGAUCCUGGGUUCUUAAGAGGUUUAAUUGCUUUCCUUAACUGAAUAUACGCUUGAAUUUGCUGAGAGAAAUUGAUGGUUUUUAGAUAAUUUUUUUUUCCUGCUGGGUAGUAUACCAUGUAUGUAUGUGCUUUCCAAUUUUACGUUAAAUCAAAUUGAUAAUUUUAUUUAUCUUGUUCUAUUAAGCAAUAGUCAGUAGAAGUGUUUGGCCUUAGAUAUUUAUUCACUAUAUUUGAUAGCCCUCUCUAUUAUUUUUGUAAAAUAAUUGUGCUAUAGACACUGUAUGACACACUUUUGUAUAGGCUUGUUCAAAUGGAAAUGUUUACUAUGUAUUAUACAAAAGUGUUUUUAUUUAGCUGGGCCCAAGAUUUUUCUUGUGAAGCCAACUUCUGUCAUCGAUGCUGGUGUUCUUUUCGGCAUAUUCAUUCCUUAGCUUCUGCAUACUAUUUUUACAGCUGGACCAAUUUUCAAUUUUCCAGGGAAAUUAAAGUAGCAAAUUUGGAAAUAUCGACUGCAUUCAUUUUCAUUUUGGUCUCAGGGAGGGAAUUCUAAAUGCAAAAAGGUUUUGCUAAUUGAAAUACUUUUGUAACAAAUAGUGACUCAAAUCUUCCCUAAGUUAGGAAUAUGGAACUCCCAUUGACACCUAGGGGAGUAUCUCAUGGCUCCUUUGGAUACACUCUUUUUUUUUUUUUACUUCAACAUGUGUACACAUUAGUUACUGUUCAACCGUAAUUAAAUAUUUUAAACAAUCUUUGUGCACAAUAUUUAUAUGUUAGCUCAAAAUUACCUUCUCUAGAAGUCACUUUGGUAGAUUUUUAUCCAGAUAGCUCUUAGAAAUGUGGUUUUCUAUGAGUUCUCUUUUUUAUUCUUUAAUCUGCACAUGACAUAAUGGAGUUAUUAAUUCAUUUCACAUUUUCUGUUCAUGGAUCAUUUAACUGAGUUGUUUUUAUGGAAAACCUCAAAGGAAAACACCUUGAAAUCAAUGAUGUAAUAGAAAAUCGAAAAUUCCCUCAAGUAAUGAGUUCUCAGCAUAUAUUCCUUCCUAAUUGUUUUUCAUCUCUAGGUGGAAUGUGUUUUCCUGUUUGUGAGUCUCAUUAGGAUAUUGGCUCAGAGGUCUCAAAUGGCACCCAUGAAGUAAGAAGGGCUACAGGGGUGCCAGGCAUGACAAGGGAAAUUUUAUUCAGAGGGUCAAAACAGUUUAUUGAUGAUACAUCAACAAGCAGAACUAUAAAGGAGGGCAGAAGUUUUGAUAAGUUUAUCCCCCAUUUUUUGAUUGCUCAAGUGAGUAGUUGAAAUGAGCUCAGAUCACAAUAUAACAUUAUUAUAUGAUUCUGGAGUUUAACAGAAAUACCACCCUUGAUGAAAAACUCAUUCUUUUGUACUUAAAAGUGAAAUCACUGAAACAGAUUAGUUCUGCAACAUUCAGAAGAAAAUGAGCUAGGAGCCUAAUAUUCAGUAUUCUAGCUACUAGUACAAGAACUCAUGACUUGACAAAAACUUCUGGGAAAAUUGGAUAACAGCGUGGAAAAGAUUAGACCAACAUUUCACACCUUUUACCAAGAAAAGGUCCAAAUGGAGAUAAAAGGUGAAAUUGUAAGCAAAUUAGAGAAACAAGGGAAAAUUACUUAUCAGAAAUAUUGAUAGAGGAAAGGUUAACGAUCAAACAAGGGAUAGAGAGGAUCACAGAAGAUAAAAUGGAUAAUUUUGAUUACAUGUAACUGAAAAUGUUUUGCACAAAC